CCUGGCCGCGCUCCCCGCGCGCCCGGCGUCUCCCUGCACCUACCUGCGGCCCCCGGGCACCAUGGCAGAUCAGGCCUUUGUGACACUGACCACAAAUGAUUCCUACGCCAAAGGCGCCCUGGUGCUAGGCUCAUCUCUGAAACAGCACAGGACCACCCGGAGGCUGGCGGUGCUCACCACCCCACAGGUCUCGGACUCCAUGAGGAAGGUGUUAGAGACUGUCUUUGACGAAGUCAUCCUGGUCGACGUUCUGGACAGUGGCGAUUCUGCGCAUCUGACCUUGCUGGAGAGGCCUGAGUUGGGCGUUACGUUAACUAAACUCCACUGCUGGUCACUCACACAGUAUUCCAAGUGUGUGUUCAUGGAUGCAGAUACUCUGGUCCUAGCAAAUAUCGAUGAUCUUUUUGAGAGAGAAGAGUUGUCGGCGGCCCCAGACCCAGGGUGGCCCGACUGCUUCAAUUCCGGGGUCUUCGUGUACCGGCCUUCAGUGGAGACGUACGGCCAGCUGCUGCGCGUCGCUGCGGAGCAAGGCAGUUUCGACGGUGGGGACCAGGGUUUACUGAACAUGUUUUUCAGCAGCUGGGCAACGACAGAUAUCAGAAAACACCUGCCAUUUAUUUAUAACCUGAGCAGCAUUUCUAUAUACUCCUACCUCCCCGCGUUUAAAGCGUUUGGUGCGAACGCCAAAGUCGUGCAUUUCCUGGGGCGAAUCAAACCGUGGAGUUACACCUACAAUCCUGAAACAAAAAGCGUGCAGAGCGAGCCCCAGGACCCCACCAUGGUUCACCCCGAGUUCCUCAGCCUGUGGUGGGACAUCUUCACCACCAGCGUCUUCCCUCUGCUGCAGCAGUUCGGCCUGGCCACGGACCCCCACUCGCACCUCACCGUGCUUUCAGACUUGGUCUGUACACUGGCUUUCUCUUGUGGCUUCUGUAGAAAGGAAGAUGUCUCGGGAGCCAUGUCCCAUCUGGCCCUGGGGGAGACCCCCGCGCCAGCACAGCCUUCUGUGUCCUCGGAAGAACGGAAGGAGCGGUGGGAGCAGGGCCAGGCCGAUUACAUGGGCGCCGACUCCUUCGACAACAUCAAGAGGAAACUGGACACUUACCUCCAGUAGGCGCCGCGCCUUCCCAGGACACCUCACUCCACCGGCACUUUCCUCUGAUACUUAGUGUUAGAGCUGGUCUGUUACAGUUGCUAGAGGUUUCACUAAGAUUCAUCGGGUAAGGGUGUUGUAGGCCGAAACAGGGUGAGGACAGGGCAGACAUUAUGAAGUAGCGGUUCUGUCAUAUGGACAGUGGCCUGUUUUUUAACCCUAGGCUUCUUCAGCUAACGUUCCAGAUGUGCUCAGUUAUGCCAGUCGCCAACAUGUGUGGUAGGGGAAACCCAGCCUUACACUCUUACAUGGCUCUGCCAGCUCCUUAGACGUGCUGAGCCGGCGCCAAGUCCGCGUCCCCCGAAAGGGGCGCCCUGCGCCAGACCUGCAUUCUAGGCUGGCGGGCCCGCGGGUGGCUGCAGUUCUGCCUUCUGGUGAGGAUGCCUGUCGCACACUGCUGAGCGACUCACGCCACAAGCGCCAUUCCCCACUUCUCGCCUCGCCCGCGUCCGAAGAUGCCCCCGGGUCACUCCUGCGGGCAGCGCGCCACGAUGCUUUUGCCCGGGCUGCGUCCGGAAGCAGCGGUGUUCGCGACGGUGCCUGCGCUGCACCUCUAUGACAAAUAAAGACGUGUUGCCGCA